AUGCCACACUCUCCCUCUCACAGCUCCUUCCUCCUGCUAGCAGGCCUAUGCUGUCUGCUCUCUGGCUCCCAGACUGAAGGUUACCAAAGCACAGGUGCCUCAGGCCAUAACAAGAAGAACCAGGAGCCUCUCCAAUGCCAGAACUUUGCCCCCAUCAUCACCAACAUCUCCUUGUUCUUGCUCCAAAAUGCAAUGCAUUGGCCCAAACAAACCAACAUUGUGUUCUCCCCAGUGAGCAUCACAGCUGCCUUCGCAAUGCUUUCCCUGGGAGCUAAGGGCAGCACUCACAAGCAAAUCCUGAAGGGGCUGAAGUUCAGUCUCAUGAACAAAGCAGACAUGGAGGUCCACAGGUGUUUCCAAUAUCUCUCCCAUUCACUCCGGCAGCCUGACCACCAGCUCCAGUUGACCACUGGCAGCAGCCUGUUCAUCAAUAAGCACCUAAGGGUGGCAGACAAGUUCAGAGAGGCGAUUAGAGAUUUGUAUCACUCUGAAGCCAUCCCCGUUAACUUCAGGGACACUCAGGAAGCCAAGACAGAGAUCAACAGUCACGUGAUGAAGAGAAGCUAUGGACAGAUAGAACAAAUGGUGGAUGACCUGCCAAUAGACACAGUCCUUGUCCUGAUGAACUUUAUCUCCUUCAGUGGAAUCCAGAAUGGUGAGUUUCAGGAUAAACAUACUGUGGAAGAUAAGUUCUACCUGGAUACAGGCAAGGUGGAUGCGGUACCCAUGAUCAACCGCCUGGGUAAAUUUGACCUGCACAGAGAUAAGAGUCUGUCCAGCUGGGUGCUGAUCCAGCACUAUGUAGGGGAUGCCAUCGUUUUCUUCAUCUUGCCAGACCUGGGGAAAAUGCAGCAGCUGAUAGAAAACCUGAGCCCCGAGUACCUCAACAGCAUCCAGAAGCACGUUUACCCAAGGUGA